CCUCUGGUUUCCUGGGUGACGGUAAACAGGCUGCUUGGCUUCAUGGAUAAAACAGAGUGGACGAAGACUCAACUGAUCAACAACCAGCCCUACGACGAAAGCUUGGACGUGAACGAUUCGGAGGAAAUAGCAAGUGUCUACACUCCUACACCUCGGCAGACUGCAUCCAGGUCGGCAACCAGGAUCCAAAAUAACAUGGCUACCAACAGCAGUGAUGAGUUUGAGGAAGAAGGGAAGCAGAAAAAGAAAGGUGGCCAGGGAAGUCAACAGGGUCUGAGCGAGAAUGAGGAAGAGGAAGAAGAAGAGGAGGAGGAUGACGAUGAUGACUCGGACGAAACAGAAUCAGAUGAAGAGGAGGGCGAGCAAGGAUCUGCUCCUGAAGGCGCAUACGACCCAUCCGACUUUGACCACUUGCCUGUCUCAUCAGAAAUCAAAGAGUUAUUUCAAUACAUCACACGGUACGCACCCCAGGCUGUUGACCUGGACCACAAGCUGAAGCCUUUCAUUCCUGACUUCAUCCCAGCAGUGGGGGACAUAGACGCAUUCCUCAAAGUUCCUCGGCCAGACGGGAAGCCGGAUAACCUGGGUCUGCUGGUUCUGGAUGAGCCAUGCACCAAACAGUCAGACCCCACAGUGCUGUCCCUAUGGCUCUCCGAAAACAGCAAGCAGCACAAUAUCACUGAGCUGAAAGUGAAAAGUAUAGAAAACCCAGAGAAGAACCCCAAGGCCAUCGAGAACUGGAUCGAAAGCAUCAGCGAACUGCAUCGCUCCAAACCCCCAGCCACUGUGCACUACACCAGGACAAUGCCAGAUAUCGACUCCCUUAUGCAAGAGUGGCCACCAGAGUUUGAAGAGCUUCUAGGAAAGGUUAGCCUGCCUACAGCCGAUAUCAACUGUGAUCUGGCAGAGUAUAUCGACAUCAUUUGUGGCAUUCUCGACAUUCCCGUCUACAAAAACAAAAUCCAAUCGCUUCAUGUUUUAUUUACACUCUAUUCUGAAUUCAAGAACUCACAGCACUUCAAGGCCUUGCCGGAGGGACAGAAGACAGAGUCUCCACCAGGCCCCAACACAGGCCAAGCAGAGGCGGAGACGCUCACUCUUGACUGAGGCCUGAAGUUACAACAGUCAUCACACCCAACUCCACUUCCCCUGUGAAGAGAUCGCUAUCUGAGACUGAUCGUACUUAUACAGAGGUGUCCGUUUUGACUGAAGUGUGUUCUAAAUUUUAUAUAUAUGUUCGUUUAUGUUUGUGUGAAUGUGUGUGGGAGAGCGACUGAGAGAGAGCUUGUGUUUGUGUUUAUGUUUUACUUAUUUUUCUAUGACACUAUUGUACUAUUGCUUUCUUUGCGAUGUAACGCUCACGGUAAAUAAAUGUAUAUGGUUUUGUAGAAAU